GGAAACACCAACGGGGAACAGGAUCAGAAAUCGCUCUCCCUCUCCCUCCCUCCCCACACACACACGCAUCGUCUUCUCCUGCAUCAGCCAUGGGCUUUGUAGAUCGUGGCGGCGGCCGGGAGGCGAAAGGCACGAGUCUGCGCCGCUCCAAGAAGAACCCCGGUGCGGCCGCGACAAGGAACAAAGGCGCGCACAAGAAGUACGUCACCCCGACCACACGAGCCACCCCGGCCCCGCCAGCGGCGUGCGGCCCUUUCAUUCAGCGCCUCGCGGACGCCACCGACGCCGCAACGGCAGCAAAUGCGUGUGUGGAUGUGUGGAAGGCAGCGUGCGACGCCGUGGCGAGCGGCACCGCCCUCCACGUUGACACCGCCGUCGCACUGCUCUCCCGCAAGCUCGAGGACGACCAGGAGGGCGUCUUCCGCCGCGCCGUCGAGGAAGGCAAACUCGCCGGUGCGCUGUGCUGGUCGGUGGAGGUGGAGAAGCAGGCGACGCUGCUCGACACGUGCGUGCAGCACAACAAGCUCCUCCGCGGGGCAGCGGCGGCAACCGACGCGGCAGCCUCAACCUCCUCCUCCUCGUCUCCCUCCGCGGCGGCCGCUGCGCGCCACGUUCGGUUUCAAGACGACGUGACCGCCACCACGCCGUCUCCUGUCGCGGUCACCGGCGGGGCGACGGCACCGUUGCCGAAGCGCGGCGUCGUCCUCUACGCCAUCCUCGGCAUCCACGUAAACAGCGUCGACCGCGUCCACAUGCGGCAGCACGAGCAGUGGGUCAACGAGCUCGAGGAAAGCGUGAAGCACGGGGAGGUGGUGGGGGUGCUGAGCGGGCUGAACUGGAGCCGCGACCACGGCACGCACUACGCGCAGGAGCGCCUCAUGCGAGAGUGCUGGCGGGUGGCGGCGGCGGCGCGGCUGCCGCUGGUUCUGCAUCUGUACGCUGCGGACACUGCCGCGUUGACCGAGACGGUGAAUCGGGCGGCGGAGCUGAUCCACGAGCUCCUCGGCAACGACAGCCAAAGCCAAGGCAGCGCCACAGCGACAACCACGACGGCGACGGCUGCCGCUGCCGCCGCUCCGCCUCAUCUUCCCUUCCCCUCUGCGAUUGUGCUGUACAACGGCUUGCAGGCCCUGCACGCCUCGCCGGCGAUGCAGCAGCUCGUGCGGGCGCACCGGCCGGGCGCAUCAUCGUCCACCACUGCCACCUCCACGACGGAAGGGGCGUCUGCGCCACAUCAUCAGCAGCAGCACAGCAGCUCCGUGGUCCCCUUCUACGUUCUGGUGACGGCGGAUGGUCUUGGCGAGCAGCCUCCAGCAGCGACGACUCAGGAGGCGGAGGAAGGAAAGGAGGGGGCGGCAGCGUCGGUCGAGCACAUCGCAUCGCUGCUGCCGUGUCGCGUGGUGGACGACGCCGCCCACGGCCAUGACAAGCUCGACGAUGUUGCGGCGGAUGACGAUUUAAGUGGUGUCCUUCACCUCUCGCAGCUGCUCAUCGGCACUGGUGCGCCGUGGGGCACGCCGCAGAACCUCCCCGAUCCGCACCUCUGCACCCUGCCCAACGAGCCGGGCAACUACCACUACGUGGUGAAGACGGUCUUUGACGCGAUGAAGGCGCCGCGGUCUUCGUCCUGCCGUGACGGAGGCGCGGCGCCGGCCGCCGUGUCCUCGGCGGAUCAGCUCGCCGCGUACGUCUUCCUCAAUCAACUCCGCGUCUUCUUCCACGAGUGCAUCGCAGCGGCAGCGAACGACGACGACGACGAUGACGACGAUGACGAAGUUGCUGCUGCUGCUGAUGAUGUUGCUGUCGAUGGUGGUGCUGUGGUGGAUGCGGACGCGCGUCAGCAGCGGCAGUGGCUCGCGUCGCAGCAGCCGGCCGCCGCGACUGCCGUCGCCGGACUGUCCGACGGAGACGCAAAGCGCGAUUUGGAGGCGCUGCUCGCCGAAGCCGCGCAGGAGCGGGAGCGCGUUGAGCGAGAACGGCUGCGCGAGGAGGCGGCCCGCGCGCAGGCCCGCAGCGAGGAGCUCCACGAGCGGCGGAAUCGGCGCGAGAAGAAGAAGAACGUGAAGGCGAACAACCGGUCCAACUUCACGCACUUCCGCAACAAGGACUUCGCGCCGCGGCAGAGCAAGCAGGAGCGGCUGGCGCACCCGCAGGGGCCGGAGGGGGAUGGCAACGACGGCAGCGACGACGACAGCAGCACCGGGAACGACCACGACGAGGGCGGUGCGGUGGGGCGAGCGGCGGGGAAGACGAGCACCGCCCACCCCCACCACCACGCCAGCAGCAACGAUGGGGACAGCAGCGCAGACGACGAGGAGGAGGAGGAGAAUGCGCAGGACACCCACGCCACAGGUGGUCUGGCAGCGGAAGUGGAGCAGCUGUUGAAGGAAGCGGAGUCGAAGAAGAAUCCGGCGGGCAGCUGCAACCGCACGAAGGCGGGCAAGAACACCGCUUCGGCGGCAGCCACCACCACUCCCCCGCCUGCAGCGACUGCGACUGGCCAAGGGAAGAGGCAGAAGAAGAACAGCAGUAAGAUCAAGGCGCAGCCGGCGCGGGGAGAGCAGGCGCCGGACGGCGGCGACGACAGCGGCCACAGCGACGACGACGUCGAGGACGCGCGUGCGGCGGGCAGUCAAGCGCAGCAGCCCUCGCGGCGGCAGCGGAAGCGCCAGCAGAAGCGCCAGAAGCAGAUGAAGGGGGACGACAGUGACGACGACGGAACAGCAUAA